UUUCCUUUAGCCUCACCCAGCCCGCUGUCCUUGCGCUUGCCCUUUCGCCCUUCGUUUUGCCAUCAUCGAACCACUCUUUUACCCCAUCCCACACAUUUAUCAACUACGCUCGGUGUACCAUAAGCUGGCCAGAAUCUUGAAGAAGGGUCAUAUUUUUCCAGCACCUGUAACUCGAUUAUAUCACCAUUGCCGUCCGCAUCUGUGUCGAAACUUGCUGUCAUUACCGAUAUCUUCGCCACCGACCUCUUCUCCCAUAUCCUCCAUCUUCCCGUCUCAGCGACGAUUGACUUUCACUCUGACCUGCAGGCGUUCCGAGACCUACCUUACGAUCCCUGCCGACCAGCUUCCGAGAAUCUCCAAAUCCUGCACCACUUUCGUCACUCCUUUGAGCCUGUAUCCGGAAAACUCAGGGAACUCCCCCUCCAUACGCCAGUAGCUGUGAUAAUCAGCCAGGAUACUGAGGAACAUCCACCAGCGGCGGCUCUGCACAGAGGAGGGUUUUAAAAAGUUGUGUCGCCAUCAUGGCGCAAACCGGGCUCAACCCUCAGGAUCCUGCAGACCUGUUGAGGCAAGCCAUGGCACAAAAGUAUGUUCCCAAAUUUUCCUCUCGCCACCAAAGUGCUGCGUGAUACAAGUGACUCGGGAGCGACUGGAUAAAACGAGACUGGUUUGACCCCAGGCUCACUUAUGAGGAGGGUCCGUGUUUUCACGCUGCAUCCAGACGACCAGUCUUGGUCGUUACAGGCUGGAAAAAUGUCAAGACACGUCUGUCAAUCGAAAAUUACAAGGUGUCACUGUGUGCGACCUAUCGACAUCUUUCUAUCGCUAUUUGUUGUUCUCUUGCAAGCCGGUUACUAAUUUUCCUUGUAGCAGUGCCAGACAUCAGCUCCGCGAUGAUAUCGGCGAUGGAAUUGGCUCAGGGUCGCCAACUCCUUCAGGCGUCGCAACGCCACGGCCUGAUCUCCAUGACAAACGACUACCGGGAAUCAUGCACAGCUACUUUGGCCAGGUGGGUAGAGAUCCUUCCCAAGAUACGGCUUCACGGUCGUCACGAGGUGCCGCAAGCCUUGAAAAGAACGACGAGCCUGCACAUUCCUCGUUGAAGCGCAGGGAGAAACAAGAGGACCGACGGAGAUCGUCUGCGUCCAUAGGCUCGAUGGUGAUGGUGGAGCGGGAACAAGCACCAGUGUCCACACCACCACCUGAUGAGCCACAGAGCGAGUCUACACAGCCAGUCACACAGGCUGAUAGUUCUCGGAUGCCACCUACGCCCAUCUCGUCCGCCGCCUCAGUGGUGAACCGAGAUGGAGAGGUCGCAGAAAAUGGCUCGUCGAUACUGGAUGGUGGUCUCGCUUCCAUCACCCAGGCUCUGAGGAACUUUGUACUUCCCAAGAGCGCCUCUGCGGUGAAAGAACGCCGGCACCAGUCCUUACCCGUUUCUAGCGUUACAAAAAGCAAUGUUUCUGCGGCACAUAUCUCCAACCCUACAUCAUCCACUCACUCUUCACGACCUGAAAGCCCUAAACCUCUAUCUCCAAGUUCUGCUAAGCCACCGUCCUCUGAGAUUUUGGAAGAGACUCAUGAGCUAACUUCAAGCGUGGCCGACCGGCCGCGUAAAAAGAGCACACCUCCUCUCACACCCCGAGCCUUGUCACAAGAAGAUCGACGAAUUGACACACGAUCGCCAUUAUCCAGCACAAGCACUACUGCCAGGGAUAGCAGUGUUGAUUCGGCAGAGAAAACUAUACAGAAGGAGCAGAUUCCCACGAAUGCCCCCCGUGGCAAGCUAUCCAUCAAGAUAGCAGAGGGACGUAACCUAAAGCCAUCGUAUGACCCCUACGUGGUUUGCCAGUUUGAGUGGAAUGAAUAUGUCUCGAAAGGGGCGAGACAUGACAAAAUGGACGUGGAUGGCGAUGACCAAAAGGGCCCUGUGGGCGCAUUGCAGUCCAUCAUUCGUAGGACAGACAGCGACAUGGGGAAGCCGAUGGCCAUUCCGAUGCGAAGUCGUCAAUGUAGCACAAAUGGCACUGGGGAUGACCGUGGAAUCACCAAAGUGGUUGAUCCACAGUGGGAUCACGAUGCUACAUUCGAUGUGGUCAGCCAUCAAUCUGAAUUGGAUGUGACGGUCUACGAUCGCCAGACCGAGGCAUUCCUGGGUCAUGUCCGUUUGUGUUUGAACCUUUCGGAGCAGCAACCAGAUCUGGAGGGUUUCUUCCGGCUAGAAGCCAGAAGCCCAGAAGACCAUGAUAUCACCGGAGAAAUCCAUAUCAGAAUGCACUUUACCAAGGUCGACAAGAAGCACUACGGUCCCAACGAUUUCACAAUACUGAAACUAAUAGGCAAGGGUACCUUUGGUCAAGUUUACCAAGUCCGGAAGAAGGAUACCGGGCGGAUCUACGCCAUGAAGGUUCUUUCCAAGAAGGUCAUAAUCCAGAAGAAGGAGAUCCAGCAUACCAUCGGAGAGAGGAAUAUUUUGGUCCGGACGGCCACUACCGAGUCCCCAUUCAUUGUCGGCCUCAAAUUCUCUUUCCAGACACCUACAGAUCUUUACUUGGUUACAGACUUCAUGUCAGGAGGUGAGUUGUUCUGGCAUCUUCAAAAGGAAGGUCGCUUCAAGGAGGAUCGUGCCAAGUUCUACAUCGCGGAGCUCAUCCUGGCAUUAAAGCACCUGCACGAACACAACAUAGUUUACCGAGAUCUGAAGCCAGAGAACAUUCUUCUUGACGCCAAUGGUCACAUUGCUUUGUGCGAUUUUGGCCUUUCCAAGGCCAAUUUGACUCAGGAUGACACUACCAAUACCUUCUGCGGUACCACUGAGUACUUGGCUCCAGAAGUUUUACUUGACGAGCAAGGCUAUACCAAGAUGGUCGACUUCUGGUCACUGGGCGUUUUGGUCUUCGAGAUGUGCUGCGGCUGGAGUCCGUUCUAUGCUGAGGAUACCCAACAAAUGUACAAGAACAUUGCCUUCGGGAAGGUACGCUUUCCAAGAGACGCUCUGAGCACUGAAGGCCGGAAUUUCGUCAAGGGACUUCUGAAUCGCAAUCCCCGACAUCGGCUAGGUGCCAAUGGUGAUGCCGAUGAGUUGAUGGCGCAUCCUUUCUUCGGCGAUGUCAACUGGAAUGCCCUCGGUAAGAAAAACCUCAUUCCUCCUUUCAAGCCAAAGUUGUCCUCUGUGGCCGACACGUCGAACUUUGACCCCGAAUUUACCAACGCCCUGAACACGUCGUCGUCUCUUAAUGCCCGAGCGGCGGCUCUAGCGGCUGGUGCCAACCCGGCCUCGACGCCAUUGUCACCCACCAUGCAGAACGCCUUCCGAGGGUUCACUUUUGUUGAUGAAAGUACCAUGGAGGAACGUUUCGGCGGCUCGAGAGAGCCAGAGGAUGACAGGAUCGACGAAAAUGAACUAGCCCGAUCAAGAACGCAUGAACAUCGGAUGAGUGGUGUACAGAAAACUGGGGAUGAUGGAUUCUUCUUCGAAGAAUAAUCGAGUUACGGAUCUUGGAUACUGAAAAAAAGCCCGUCACCACACGCACAGCUGCGUGUUGGAAAAUACGUCUAUAAUACUGCAUCUGAGGACAUGCAUGCCUCACCGUCAUACUUUCUAAUCUUGUGUUGUUCCUAGCUGAACCCCUGGAAUGUCGAUGGAGGCAUCUGAGAUUGCCGGGCAAAGGAAGCGACAGGUCGACGAAGCAGAUGGAGCAGAUGAAAGCUAUCAGCCCGGACCUCGAAUGGUCAGGCAUCGCUUCGGGUGUCUAUUCGCACCUGGCCCGAGGUAUCGUUCCCAGCUUUAUUUUGGCUCAAAUAAGCAGUCAGUCCUGUGCCGAAGCGACUUCCAACGCCAGCAGGUCUCCACAGGGGAAAGAGGAGGAUGGGAAAAAGUGAUUUCCAGCACCAUCAAGUUGCUCAAAUUCCGUCGAUUCGGCCGCGUUUUAACCCCUUUUACAUAUUACCAGCAUCAUAUCAUAUCAGAGACGAGAUAAUGAAUUGAGCAUGUUGCAACUGUGAUAAUACUUGAUUCCGCACUGCGUGUUUGCUUCUCAUCGAUUUCCCGUCCACGGUCGUGCAGAACGAAUCAGCCCACACAGCUCGUGGUGUAAUCAUGUGAGAUACGAUCAGGCGUCGACGCGGUACGUCAAGGCAGGAUAUUUCUGUCUUAUUGCACGAUAAUCGCGCUGUAGUUUUUGUCUUUGUACAUUAUUGUUGUGUCUAAGAAUACAUAGCUAUCGCUAUCAACUGAUAGUGUCCUCGCGCGAUGCUCAAACACCUCCAGGAAGACAGCUUAGAGUAAAGCAUGAGCCGUUCCUCGAAAUUUCCAGCACCGGCAUCCUUUGUCCACCCCCAGAUAUUCACUAUCCGGGUCUCUAAAGCAAUGCUAACCUGAUGUUCCCCAGCCGAGACCUUUGUUGAUACUUUGCAAUGAAACCGACCGACUUGACUUGUGUUCGGUCUGUCAGUCUCUGUGUGGGUGUGCUUGGGAGUUCCGAGUGCCAGAGUCUCACUUUGACAAUCCCGUGGUGGCGUGGCCUUUUCCGAUGGUGGCGGCUCCGGGGCUAUUCGUGGCGUCGACCGCCGUCGUCCCGACAGGAGGUUUGCCCGAUUUCGCGGCGAGUCUCUGGUCCUCUUCACCCAUCUUCUCGAAACCCUUUUCCUGCAUGUUCUUGUUCCGGAGGAGGGUGCCGGUGGCGGCCUCCACGGAACCGGCGACGCCGUGGGCCAUGCCCUUGAGGUCACCCGCGACCUUGGUGCUGGGUUUGGCGUGUGCGUCGGCGCCGGUGUCGCUGGACCGGAGGCCGGUGGUGUUGUCAGAUGCGUCGUGGUGGGUCGGGUGGUUCGUGAGGUGUUGGUGCGAGGGCGCCGACGGGUCGACCGCUUUGGGGUGGGUGGUCGGGUGGCCGGGGGUGUGGCCGUGGGUGUGUUGGUGAGAAG